CUUUAACCUACGGAACAGUGAGAUGGUUCAUCACGCUUCUCCUUCUUCCACACUUCAUUUUCAUUUUUUUUAUUUUUUUUUUUUUGCUUUCUUCAAAACUAAAAAUAGAAACAUAGGAAGAGCUUAGGGUAGAAUUCAAUGGUAUGGAUGAUAUGAUGGAGACGAGCAUCAUCUUAGCUAAUGCUCCUUCCUAUGCUUCAUUUUUCGAUGCUCAUCCCCGGAGGUUGUUUUGUUGAAUUGUUUUUGGAAUGGCAACAUAAAUCGUUCAGAAGAAAACCUCAACAACAUCAAGCAAAUGAUGUAGUACAAUCCAAUGGGUGGUUCACUUCUCACUUGUUGUUUGUCAAUGGAGAAUCAUCACCCAUCCACACUCUUGUCCAUGGAUUCAAGUGCGCCUUCUUCUCAUGAAGAACUGGAUUUGGAUAUGAAUGGAAAAUUCGUACUCUCAGGUCCACCUGAUAUCAAUUUGCAACUCUCGGUGGAGCGUAGUCCCCCUCUACAUCCAUGGAAUUCUGACCCCUGUGAAAAUAUGUUAGAUGUUGGUCUUGGUACUCAAGGAUGUGACACUGAAAGUUUCCUCCAACUUCGCAAAGUUGGAAGGAAAUGCGCCAAGCGAGUUGAUAGCAUAUGGGGUGCUUGGUUUUUCUUCCGGUUUUACUUCAAGCCAGCAUUGCUUGAAAAAUCCAAGGCCAAGGUUAUUAGGGACAGCAAUGGUGUUUCAGGGUUUGAUAAAUCUGAUCUCAAGCUUGAUGUUUUCAUGGUUCAACAUGACAUGGAAAACAUGUACAUGUGGGUUUUCAAGGAGAGGCCGGAGAAUGCAUUGGGUAAGAUGCAGCUGAGGAGUUACAUGAAUGGGCAUUCCCGACAAGGGGAGCGCCCGUUUCCAUUUAGCGUUGACAGGGGUUUUGUACGAUCCCAUAGGAUGCAGCGGAAGCAUUAUAGAGGACUUUCGAAUCCCCAGUGUGUGCAUGGCAUUGAGGUUGUUCCAUCGCCCAAUCUUAUGAGUCUUGAUAAGGAUGAGCAGAAAAGGUGGUUUGAACUCACUGGCAGAAAUUUGAACUUUACUAUCCCUCCUGAAGCAAGUGACUUUAGUUCGUGGAGGAAUCUUCCUAGCAUGGACUUCGAGCUUGAGAGACCACCUCCACCAAUCAAGAGUGUUCCAAAUGCACACCCAAAGAAGCUGCUUAAUGGAUCUGAGCUAAAUUUGUCAACUCAUCUGUCUAACCUCAGUAAUGGUGAUGGGAAUGACCUAUCUACUAUUGGCAGCAAGAAAAGGAAGGACUUUUUCCUUUAUGGGAAUGGAGAAGAAUGUUACUUGGCUCCUAAUCCUCCAUCUGAUCCAAUUCCAGAUUUGGAAAUGCAUCGACGCGAACCACGUUGGUCGAAUGAUUUUAGCGGGGUAAUGAAGAAUGUUUGUGGACCUGUUACAGCUGCAAAAACUGUUUAUGAGGAUGAACAAAGUUACUUGAUCAUCAUCAGUCUACCUUUUGUGGAUCUUCCUAGUGUGAAAGUUUCAUGGAGGAAUACUCUGACUCAUGGUAUCAUAAAGGUUUCUUGUGUGAGCACGUCUCGCAAGCCAUUUAUCAAAAGAAAUGAUAGGACAUUCAAGCUUACAGAUCAAUCAUCAGAGCACUGCCCUCCUGGAGAGUUUGUUCGUGAAAUCCCACUCUCAACUCGAAUUCCUGAAGAUGCCAAUAUAGAAGCGUAUUAUGAUGGGCCAGGAUCAGUGCUGGAGAUCAUGGUUCCAAAACUUCUUCCGGGACCAGAAGAGCAUGAAGUUCAUGUUUGCCUUCGCCCUAAUCUGGGUGGGAAUGAUCUCAUGUUGACUUGAGUUAAGCUCUUGCUAAAUUAUUGGGGUUGCUGGCAUGGUUCUUUAUUCAUUUUUCUGCUAACUUUGUACCGUACAGUAUUUUAUAUAAUACAAAUGUGCGUCUUACAA